CAGCAAAAAUAAUUUCAGUUCAGCAAAAAUAAGGUGAAGUCAACAGGGCCAUACUCAUGCAAAACAUAAUAAAAGUCAUUAUUGUCAUAUUGAUUGAGGUUUAAUUAACUUGAAAAUAGAGCAAGAAGUAGAUCUUCCCGCCCCCCAAAAAAAACAGCCUUCACCCAAAAUCAUGCAAGCAUAAAUAAACAGACAGAAGUUCAAAUGUUAUCAAUCCCAUGCUCAUGAUUAAUUCACCCUUUUUCAAACACUUCGAAUCUCAGUAAAAAAAAAAAAAAAAAAAAAAAAAAAAAAAAUUUGUAAAAAAAAUAAAAAUAAGAAAAGCAAAAGUUAGUAUUUUAAUGGAAGAAGAGAGAAGCACAAAAAUAUAUACUCCCAUUAUAUCCUCCUCUCUUGAAUUCUCAUUCAUUCAUUCACUUUAUCUUUUUCAUUCUUUCUUUUCUUUCUCCACUUUGCUUCUAGCUGAUGUUUACUCAUCACUUCCCUUUCUUUCCAACUCACAAAGAAGAAAGCUUACUUCACUAAACUUAACUUAUUAUUAGCUUAUUAUCUUAAUUACUUUGAUUCAUUUUUAUUAACAUGGUUUUCUCUUCUCUUCCACUCUACCAUCAUCUUGAUUCCUCGAAUUGGCAUCAGCAAUCCAAUGACCAACAUCAUCAACAACAACUGAUAAUUUCUGCUCAUCAUGAGGCGGCUAAUGGUGAAGGGCUUCCAGGAGGAGGUGUCGGUGGUGGGUCGGCGAGUUCGAUCAAGCCUAACUCAAUGGUUGAUCGAGCUCGCCAGGCUCAGAUUCCUCUUCCUGAACCAGGUCAGAAGUGCCCUCGUUGCGAGUCUACUAACACUAAGUUCUGUUACUUUAACAACUACAGCCUCUCCCAGCCUAGACACUUCUGUAAGACAUGUAGACGGUACUGGACUCGAGGCGGUGCCCUUAGGAAUGUUCCGGUAGGUGGUGGGUCUCGCCGGACAACCAAACGAAGCAAAGGAAGGAGCAGCAGCAGUGGCGGUAACAACAACAACGCUAGCAAUGGAUCGUCGAGAUCUCCUAUGAUUAGUGGUGGUAGUACUACUUCAGGAGGAUCUCCUUGUUCCACAAGUUUGUUUCUUACUCCUAAUAAUAUGCCUCAGUUUCCAUUUUUGCCCUCGUCUUUGCAUCACCUAGGUAGCUCUAACCCUAAUGGCAUAGGGUUGAGUUUGUUGGGCGGUGGAGGGGCAGAAAUGGAAUUUCCAUUUAUGGGAAGUUUUGAAGGUUUAGGAAGAAUCAAUGGAAUGAUGCAACACAUGCACCCUUUUGAGAACAACACUCCUGGAAGUGUUGAGCUCUUGGGUGGGAGGCUAGUGCCUAACUACCACGCCGCCCUUCAAUCGAAACCACUAGAUCCAGAAGUCCUUGAUCGAGUGGCAUCUGUUAAACUUGAGGAUUCGCAAAGGUUAAACUUAGCACAUAAUAAGGAUUUCGAGGUCGUUCAACCUAGUGAGCAUCAUCAACAAUACAAUUGGAACUCGAGUGUGUGGACUACUAGUGAUCUUUCUGGUUAUAAUUCUCCAUCUUCGACUAGCCAUCUCUUGGGGUAGUUUUAAAGUAAGUCCUAGAAUUAUUAGUUACUAUAUUGUAUUAAUUAACCAUCUACUUAUCCAGAUCCAUUGAGGAUAAAAAGAUAGGGUUCCAAUCUACCAUCUACUUAGUUAGUUCUUCGUGAUCAAUAGAGUUUGGGUUUGAUUUCUUUUAUUUGUUGUACUAAGAAAAUGUAUAUGUUUAUAGGGUAAUUAUUAGUUGAUUAGGUUGAUUAUCUAUCAUCUUUGUUAUCAUGACAUGAAAUGAAGCGGAUUGUCAUGAUCUUUACUGAAACAUUGGCCAAACCCUUGGCUUGAAAUGUAGCUAAUAUCAUAUCAUAUAUAGUACUUAAUGAGUUGUACUGUGUUUCCAAAUUUCAUUAUUUGAAGAAAUCAAUGACAACAGUUUUUUCUGGAUGUU